AUGGCCGGUGCACCCUCGCCUCCUUCGGUGCCCAUUACUCCGCUUCUGAAGGAUGAGCUUGAUAUCGUGAUUCCAACAAUCCGAAACCUUGACUUUUUGGAGAUGUGGAGGCCCUUCUUCCAGCCCUACCACCUCAUCAUCGUGCAAGACGGAGACCCAUCGAAGACGAUCAAUGUCCCCGAGGGUUUCGAUUACGAGCUCUAUAACCGCAACGAUAUCAAUCGGAUCCUGGGACCCAAGGCCGCUUGUAUCUCCUUCAAGGAUUCCGCAUGUCGAUGCUUCGGUUACAUGGUGUCUAAGAAGAAAUACAUCUAUACUAUCGACGAUGACUGCUUUGUUGCCAAAGAUCCAUCAGGCAAACAGAUCAAUGCUCUUGAGCAGCACGUAAAGAAUCUUCUGAGCCCUUCCACUCCAUUCUUCUUUAAUACUCUCUACGAUCCUUUCAGAGAAGGUGCAGACUUUGUUCGUGGAUAUCCUUUCAGUCUUAGACAAGGUGCACCAACUGCAGUAUCUCAUGGCCUUUGGCUCAACAUUCCUGACUAUGAUGCCCCCACCCAGCUUGUUAAACCCCUGGAAAGAAAUACCAGGUAUGUCGAUGCGGUUCUCACGAUCCCUAAAGGGACCUUGUUUCCCAUGUGCGGUAUGAAUUUAGCUUUCAACCGUGAACUUAUCGGCCCUGCGAUGUACUUCGGCCUUAUGGGUGAUGGCCAGCCUAUUGGCCGGUACGACGAUAUGUGGGCGGGUUGGUGUAUAAAGGUGAUCUGCGAUCACUUGGGAUUGGGAGUGAAAACAGGGUUGCCAUACAUUUGGCAUAGCAAAGCUAGCAACCCAUUUGUGAACCUCAAGAAGGAAUACAAUGGCAUCUUCUGGCAAGAAGAGUUGAUUCCCUUCUUCCAGUCUGCGACUCUCACUAAAGAAUCCAACACUGUCCAGAAAUGCUAUAUUGAACUUUCAAAGCAGGUGAAGGACAAGCUGGGCAAGGUUGAUCCUUACUUCAACAAGCUUGCAGAUGCCAUGGUUACAUGGAUUGAGGCCUGGGAUGAGCUUAACCCUUCUCCGAAUGCAGAUGCUGUUGUAGUCAAUGGCACAGCCAAGGCUAAAUAGAUAGUCCCGAUUUUGUGAGCUUUGGUUGGUAGAAUUGCAAGACUUUACAAUAUCCUACUUCUAACUUUAUUUUAGUCGCAUAUUUGAAGAGCAUAGUAUUUUUCCUCUUCCUUUAUUUCAUUGCAUUUGAGUAAGAAGAACUAUGUUAUCUUGAUUCCAGAUGGCUAUAAAUUAUUAUUUACUUAAUGUUUAAA